GAAAUGACCCUUUAUCGUUGUCAUUUUGUGCAGACAUGGCGCUGGACAGCCCCCACCUGUCCCGCUUCGAAGCCGCUGGCCCCCUUUCCCUGUCGCCCUCCUUCCAGAUGUCCACACUCAGCCUGCCGGGCCAGGCCGCCACCAACGUCUCCUCGCCCCUGCAAAGCCCCAUCCUGAGCGAGGUGGGCAGCAAUGCCAGACUAGAGGAGGAGGAGGAGGGCAGGAGGAAGAGGUAUCCCGCCGACAAAGCCUACUUCAUUGCCAAAGAGAUUUUGACCACAGAGAGAACCUACCUGAAGGAUCUGGAAGUCAUCACUGUGGUGAGUGGAUAA